CAGUACUUGUGACUUUGUUUUAGCAUUUGUUUCGGACAGAAGAAUAGGUCGCUGUGAAAAUAUCUAAAUGGUGAAGUGAAACUGCUGUACGUUUUCAGAAAGCCUUGUAAAGCGUUUGCAGGCUACUAUUACCUAUAAUUUUCAUGCUGGCUGGAGCCACCGUCGCCAUGCGUGCAGUUGUACGGGAACAGAUGUGAUUACUUCUGAUGCUUUUGCUCUAGCAAUAAAGUAGCACUUUGAAGUGAAUUUAGUUCAGCGCAGUAUAGUUCCGUAUCUGCAGUGGUGGCAGUCAAGGGUGCGUCACGCAAGAGCGCCACCAGUAUUCAUAUGCACGGUUGCACGAAACUUGGCACUAGUAACUGUGUCCCGAGGCAUCGCAUCCAAAACCGCUCCCGAUGCAUACAGUGGUGGUUUUGAGAUAUCGCAACCACCUUUUAUAGAUUGGGCCGAAAGUAUGCAUUGUUCAUCGAACUUAUACCUGCCGAUUCAGAGGUUCAGAGGCUGGGCCUUCUGAAGCGCCCAAUAGCAGAUCAAGAUGACUGAUCAGGAUACUGAGAAUAAAAACUGAGCGCUAAGCUGGUAGGUGUUCUGUGGCUGCACGUCGUCGGGAGGGUGUUCAAGCGCAGUUCUCGAACGCCCGUUCUUGAGUGUUGAGAAGGAGGAAAGGCAGAGAGCGGUUGCAUAGAGUUCAGUAUGCGAAGCGCUUGAGGCAACGUACGUAGAGGAAAGGAGGAUUUCUGGUGGGACCCUAGUAGGAAGCACGGCUAGCGUUUGAACUAAGUGGUCAAGUUUCGACCUUUGUCAGAAGAAGCGGACACACCAGAUCAUGAGAAGUGGGUGGAAGAAGCAUCACUGUGAAUGGAUUAGCACUUUUGCGGGCAGGGUAUGGUGCCUGAAGCAGGAUGACGACGGAAAUCUUCAUUAUCGGGUGCUUAAUGCCGUUAAUAAUGGGCUAUGCUCACCAAAUAUUGAUAAUUCAAACGCAGUACCUCGCAGCAGAAAACGGAAACGCGCGGAGAAUUCGCCAAAUUCAGAAAAUGAAGAGCUCUUAAGGGACUACUUUCAACUGGGAGUUGACUUGGAGAGCCUCUAUACUGAAUGGUGUGAAGUGGACACUACAUUCAAGGCAACUGCUAAUUACCUCCCUGGAAUCAGAGUGUUGCGACAAGAGCCCCUUGAGGCUCUGAUGGCUUUCAUUUGCUCAUCCAACAACAACAUCACUCGCAUUAGCUCUAUGGUUGAAAAGUUGUGCACCAUGUAUGGAACUAAGCUUCUUGAGGGCAAACAAGGGUCCUUUUAUGCCUUUCCUACGGCAACACAAAUGGAUCGAGAAGGGGUUGAGGCAGAACUGAGGGCUGCUGGUUUUGGAUACAGAGCAAAAUAUGUGCAUGGCACGGCCAAGGCACUUGCUGCACGUGAUCCUAUGUGGUUGCAGUCGCUUAGAGCUGCCCCUUAUGCUGAGGCACAUCGCCAACUCAUUGAACUUCCUGGCGUUGGUGCAAAGGUGGCUGACUGUGUAUGCUUGAUGGCUCUGGAUAAGACAGAGGCAGUGCCAAUUGAUGUACAUGUCUGGCGCAUGGCUACUCGGCACUACCUGCCUCACCUUAAGUCCCUGAAGAAUCUUUCAGCAGUUGCCUAUAAAGAAAUUGGUGACCACUUCAGGAAACGCUUUGGCCCCUAUGCUGGCUGGGCACAGUCUGUGCUUUUCACCUCCGAUUUGAAGAAACAUGCGAAGUCCAGCUCAUCAGAACCUGAAAACCUAGAAGAUAGUGUCCCUUAAUACAGCAGGCAAGGUUAUUUUCUUGCAUAGUGUGAUCUAACCUUGGCACGUUCAAAGGAAAACAAAGACAAGAACAAAGAAGAGACACCUUUUGAAAAUAAAUGUUUUAUCCAAGCA